UCAUGUGACCAGGAGUCGACGUGUGCAGAAAUCCUGCUAGUCUGGUCCUUGUUUCCAUCUGAGUACUAGCUCUCUUCAGCCUUGCAGUCGGCGGUGUGAGAGGCCAGCGGAAGAAGGAGACAGCUUGCCUGAAUUCUGCAGGUUUGUUCUUUGUACUGCUCCAAGCUAAAAUAAGUAGGAAAAAGAAGCCGACCAGAUCGGUACCUGAAAUAAUUGCAUUCACGAAUAGGCAGGAAGAAGAAAAGCAUACACAAGAUGAAACCCUGCCAAAAAAUGGAAGGAAACUCAGAAAAUGAAGAGCCAAAGCCCGAGGAAGAGCCAAAGCCUGAGGAAAAGCCAGAAGAGGGGGAAGAACCAGAAGAGGAGGAAAAAUCAGAAGAAACUUUUAGGGAGAGGCUGAUUCAGUCGCUUCAGGAUUUUAAAGAGGAUAUACACAACAGGCAUUUGAGUAGUGAAGAUAUGUUUAGAGACGUGGAUGAAGUAGAUGAGAUAAGGAAAGUGAGAAACAAACUUAUAGUGAUGCGUUGGAAAGCUAAUCGAAGCCAUCCUUACCCCUAUUUAAUGUAGUUUGCCUUGGUUUCUAUUUUACCUGAUAUUACCAUUGCAAUACAGCUUUCUUUUUACUAUCGUUUUCCUGAUAUGCCUUUGCCCAUCUUCCUACUUUGAAUCUGUUGCAGUUAGUGGUUUUAGGUGUAUCUCUUCUUGUCUGUAUCUUACUGUUGAUUAUAUUUGAACCAAUCUAUACAUCUCUAGCUUUUAAUAAAAGAGCUUUACUGAUUUGUAGAAAAAAAAAAGAUGAGAUUCUGAUGGGAUACAAAAUGAGAAAGGUUACAAAAUAAUAUGAGAAUAUCGUAUUUUGAAAGACAAGAGUACCUUUGUAUGUUACAUAUAUGCACAUAUAAACUUGUGAAAGAUGAUUUUUCUUCUGCUUAUUUGUAUUUGCCAUAUUCCUAAAAUGAACACGCAUUAUUCUUGCUAAAAAUAAUAAAGGUUUUAUAAC